AUGGGCGCGCAUCCGACGCGUCUGCUGCGGCCUGCGUUGCGUCCCGCCACGACUCGGCCACGUCGGGCCCCCACAAGAAGCUUUACCCAAACUGCUAAGAGGGAAAAAAAAAAAAACUACCCCCACCCCUGGAGAAAAAACAAAAAAAGCAACAGCAACACAUAUCGGGAAUCCAUCUUCCAUGAAGAAAUAACACACAAGGAAAAUGUAAACAAUAAUGAAAAUAUAUUGAAAAUAAUUCAAACAAGUUCAAUCACCAAGUUCAGUGUGCAGGACUGUACUUUGUUCCUCAAUUACCUCAUUCGUAAUAAGAAAAGCAAACACACACAGAAGGAAGUAAAGAAUUUUUGUAGAGUGAAAGUGAGUUCCUCCUUGUACAAAGAAGCUAUGAGCAAAAUUAUAAACUCCGUACUUACCUAUGAUGAAAAAAAAAUUUUUUUUUUUUUUCAAAAGUUUGUGGAGUUGAGAGAUUUAAAUGCUAUGGAGCACAUGCUAAUACACAUGCACACAAAUCAGUUGUUUCGAUCCUUCACCCUGUACAAUUUAACUGAACUUUUUUAUAAUUGUGCCAUCCUCAACUAUAAGAGGGAGAGGAGUGAAGAGGCUUUGAAGACCAUCAUCGAUUACCUACUGUCCAAUGCCAUUCGCGCAAAUGAGCACUUAAGACACCUGGAGAAAAAACUUGUCAACCAUGCCACUGUACAGGGCGCAGAUGGGAGACCUGUGUACAUACGCAGCUUUGCCAAGAGUGGCCGCCGUCAUGAGGGAACUGUACCCACCGUGAGGAAGCAAGAGAACAGGAAGAAUAGCAGUCGCAUAACUGUGAGAAGUGUCGAUGAGCAGUGCGCCAACCCAUUCGACGUAAACUCCUUAUCCAACGUCAUGCUGUACAAGCUAAUAUAUGGACUAGCCAAAAUGAACAGAAAGAGAGAACUCGUGAGGGAGCUGCUCACGUUGCUCAUCCCAUACGUACGCUUCAAACUACAGAGUACAGAUUAUGUAUUUUCAAAAGACAGACCUGAUAUCAUUACCAAGAUGUUGUGGUCUUAUGCAUUUGUACAAGUGAGGAACGUUAAUCUGUUUCUCGAUUUGUCCCUCUCCAUUCAAGUCUCAAUUAACCAACUCAAGCUGGAUGAGCUCAAAAUUGUAAAAAAUAUUUUUUUAAAUUUUUUCAUAUAUGAUGAGUUACUACUGGAUACACUGGAAGAGCGCAUCGACUACAUGGAGGAGAAAUGCCCGAGACCCUUAUCGCAGCCGAGGAAGAAACCUUUUGUAAAGAAAAAAAAACGAGUGGCACUCACGGACCAAAUCAAGCUCAAGUUGAAGCGGUGA